GUUUAACGGAUUGACUUGGCGCCAUCUCUUUGAGCUGAGGUGGAGAAACGCCAAGCCUUUCUGUUGGGAUGUGGAAGCGAGAGGUUUUUUUCUUCUCCAGGGCUUGCCGUAAGUUUCCCAUGCUGGGAAAGGUCACCACAAGUCUUGGCCCUGAAGAUGGCUUUACCUCCCCAUUUAAGAAGGGCGAUUGUCUCUUCAUCUCCAUGUCUGGAAAGUCAAAUGGGAUAAAAUCGCAGUCCAGUUUGAUGUUCUUCCAAAACACAAACCUCAGAACAGUGAAUGUUCCCUACAGUGAUCAUCAGAAGGAAACCAUGAAAGUUCACUGUUCCCUGAGGUGGCUCCUAUUUCCAGUGAUAUCAAGGCCACGGAUGUCCUGCUUCUAAAGUUCAAAUGACAGUUAUGGGCCUGCAGGGAGAUGAGCUGAUGCCAUCCCUUCCAUAUAACCACAUCUUGGGUAUUCAUCCCAUAAUGGAUUCACAUCAGAGGCCUAGCUGGGUAUAUAAAAUGCUUCCUGUGUGCUCUUAAAGUGAACAAAAUUUCCACUUAUGUUAUCAUUAAAAAAUUUGUAUUUUUUCCAAGCUGGUAUUGGAAUCUUAGCCAAUGCCUUCCUCUUUCUCUUCCAUAUCUUCACAAUUCACCAGAAUCAUAGGCCUAAGCCCAAUGAUGUAACCACCUGCCACUUGGCUUUUGUCCACAUAGUGAUGCUACUGACUACACUGGAUAUUUUAUCCACAAACAUGUUCAAGUCACUGAAUUUUCCCAAUGACUUAAAAUGUAAGGCUUUGUUCUAUUUGGUAAGGGUGAUGAGGGGUCUCUCCAUCUGUACCACCUGCCUCCUGAGCAUCAUCCAGGUCAUCACCAUCAGCCCCAGCACCUUCUACCUAUCAAGAUUUAAACAGAAACUCACCAAGUACAUUUUCCAUGCUUUCCUCUGUGUUUGGUCCCUCAACUUAUCUUCUAAUAGCAACAUGAUCAUCUACACUGUAGCUCAUUCCAACAUGACCAAUCUACUCAGUAUCAGUAAGUACUGCUCACUUUCUUCAAUGAAUCCCAUAAUCUUGAAAAUAUUCUUCACACUUGCAUUGUCCCAGAACAUCUUCUUUGUAGGACUAAUGCUGCUCUCCAGUGUAUACAUGGUGAUUUUCUUAUCUAGCCAUCAGAGGAAGUCUGCAUACCUUCACAGCAUGAGCAUUUUCCCAAGAACUUCUCCAGCAAAAAGGGCCACCCAGACUGUUCUGUUGCUGGUGAGUUUCUUUGUUAUCGUGUACUGUUUGGAUAUCAUCAUCUCAUCUUCCUCAGCCAUUUUGGGGAAAUAUAAUCCAGUUGUCCUGGAUGUCCAGAGACUUGUGGGAAAUAUCUAUGCCACUGUCAGUCCUUUGGUGUUUAUUAGUUCUGAUAAAAGAAUAACUGGAAUUCUGUAAGACAUGAUAUGACAUCGAUUUUAACAAAUCAACAAAUUUUAACAAAUUUUAAAACAUAAAUUCCAACAUCUGUUAAACAUCUUAAAAAUCCAAGAGCUUAAACAUAAUUUUAGUAAGUAGAGUUGUACUUGCAUUUUUAAAUUGUAUCUAAAUCCUUUUUUUUUUUUAAUUUGACACUGCUAAAGUUCAAAGUCACUGCUUACUUCAAUGGUCUCCAUGUAUUGAAGUUUCUUUCUCUUACACUUUCCUAACAUAAUUCAGGAAAAUAUUUUUCAAUUUCUUUUUGGAGUUUGAACCUAAUGAAGCUCCUUUGGUACCUGAUCCUGAAGCCAUUUUAUUUAAAAAUUCAACAAAUGAUAUCCUUAUUACAGAAAGGGAUCUAAAUUUACUUUUAUUUAUUGAAGGCAUAUUAGCAAAGCAUCACAUUUACCUGUAAUGACUGCUUCUCUAUGAUCUGUUAAUAUUUAUUUCUGUUUGGACAUUAUAUAAACUGGGAAUUUUGCUCUUGUCUUUGUAGAUUAUCAUCCUCCUUUGCUCACUUGUGUAAGUCUUUUCUUCCUCUUUGAAGUUACAAAGUACAGAUAUUACUGAAGUUUUUAUUAAACUUUCAGUUUUUGACACAAUAAAAUCCUGAAUUCAUGGAUGUGUGUUUUAGGUUAAUUUAGGAAAUUGACACGAUUAAAAUAACUAUAAUAUUGUCUUUUGUUUCUUUGUAGAGUUCAGAGAAACAAUAGAAUAUUUCCUUCUCAUUCUAACCUUGUAUAUGUGGAAUUAUAUUCUGCUAUUGAUUUUCUCUCUUUGCUGUGCUUGGCAGCUCUAAUUGUGCUCAAUGUGACAGUUCAGUAGCCUUUUCCUCCACUCAAUCUAUUGUUUAACAUGUUAAACUAUACCAAGUAGGUUUAUUAUAUUUACAGUUAUUUAUUUGCUGCUUCCAAAUAUGCAUUUAUUUUUUAUUUUUUUUUAUUUUUUGACAGGCAGAGUGGACAGUGAGAGAGAGACAGAGAGAGAGAAAGGUCUUCCUUUUGCCGUUGGUUCACCCUCCAAUGGCCGCCACGGCCGGCGCGCUGCGGCCGGCGCACCACGCUGAUCCGAUGGCAGAAGCCAGGAGCCAGGUGCUUUUCCUGGUUUCCCAUGGGGUGCAGGGCCCAAGCACUUGGGCCAUCUUCCACUGCACUCCCAGGCCACAGCAGAGAGCUGGCCUGGAAGAGGGGCAACCGGGACAGAAUCCGGCGCCCCAACCGGGACUAGAACCUGGUGUGCUGGCGCCGCUAGACGGAGGAUUAGCCUAGUGAGCCGUGGCGCCGGCCCCAAAUAUGCAUUUGAUACAUAAAUAUCCUUGUUAUCAUCAUGUUUUUUGUGAUUCCCCCAGCUCCAUUGUAUUGACUUAUAUUUUAAAAAUACAAUCCCAAUGUUGAAUCUUUUUUUUUUUUUUUAUUUUUGACAGGCAGAGUGGAUAGUGAGAGAGAGAGAGAGAGAAAGGUCUUCCUUUUGCCAUUGGUUCACCCUCCAAUGGCCGCCACAGCUGGCGCACUGCGACCGGCGCACCGUGCUGAUCUGAAGGCAGGAGCCAGGUACUUCUCCUGGUCUCCCAUGGGGUGCAGGGCCCAAACACUUGGGCCAUCCUCCACUACACUCCCUGGCCACAGCAGAGAGCUGGCCUGGAAGAGGGGCAACCAGGAAAGAAUCCAGCACCCCGACCGGGACUAGAACUUGGUGUGCCGGCGCCACUAGGUGGAGGAUUAGCCUAUUGAGCCGCGGCGCUGGCCCCAAUGUUGAAUCUUAUCUGAUGCUGAAUAUGAUUGUGGUCGGUUACUUCUUGUGAGAAAAAUAAUAGAAAGACUGAUUCUCAUAUAUGUGAGAUAUAACCAUGGAAUAUUUUCAGUUAGUUAUUUCUAAUUCCUUUUCCUCCCUCCAGUCUGAACAACCCAAAUAAGAUUUUUCAUCUUUUGAUAAAUUUUAUAUGAAUGGAGAACUUGUUUCUUAGUGUGGUUUCUUCCCUGGAUCAUUUUCUUGGUUUACUUUUGUGGUUUGAGAGUCCUAAAAUUUUAGUGAACCUAAGAGCAUUUAAGAAUUUUAACUUUCUAUAGUAUAAGUUGCUAGACUAUAUAACAUUUUCCCUUAAAAGUACAAUUUUCAACAAUGUACAAAAUAACAUUUCACAUAUAUUUUCUCUAGUAGACAGCCAUAGUUCAUGAGAAAUCUUUUAUUCUUUUCAUGUGGAACACAAUACUCUUCCUCAGUGCACGACAGACUAAUAAUUUGUUAAAUAUGAUAAUUUUAAUAUUUUAAAACUAAUUUCAUAUUUUCCACAAGCUUAUGAAACAUUAUACUUCCUUAGCUACAAUACUAAAUAUAUACCAGUUUAGAAUUAUGGUUUUGUAUAACAUUAAGCUAAUAUCUGUAGGAUUAUUUAUCUGAAUUCAAGAUGUUGUCUUCAAUCAUCACUUUUCCUUAUUAGCACUCCUAUGAAUCUAAAAAACAACCUUCCGGAAUUUCUUAUUUAAAUUGUGAGUUAAUUUAAUGAACUUAAUGAAAUCUAUCUAUAGGUACAUAACACUUGUUGUGGUUACACUUAACUUGAUGAUUUCUAUUGUCAUUACAGUGCAUGGAAAAUCUGAUCUGCUGGAUUUCUGCUAUGAUGAUGUAAUGACAAAUUUUAUACCUUGUAUAUAUUUUAUUUAAAUACUUAUAUCUGGCUUAUAAAAUGGAAGUUUAUCCUUUGUUUCCUGAUUAAAAUAUUUUUCAUUUAUUUCUAUACUCAGUCAAACUAUUGAAUGAAUUACUUAGCAGUAUUUAUGUUCAUGUACUUCAUUCUUUUCUAUUAAAUAUUUAUUGAUUUUUAACAAGUAAUAAAGUGGCUGAUUUCUGCGUUGAUUUUUCUCAUGAUAUAAUUGAAAAUGCAUCAAUUUUUAUCUUUUUAAAUGAAUCUUUAAGUUCAUAAUUUGGAGCUUUUAACUAUUCAGUUCAUAAAUAUAAUUGCUUAUAAAUUAUCAACAUUGUAUGUUCUGAGUAUUAAACCCUCUGCUUCACUAAAUUAUUUUUGUUCAUACCAUCUGUAUUGAUUCUUAUUAAAGAUGUAUAUUUUCUGUCUUAAUUAAAUAUCAAAAAAGCAGUCAUGGAUUUAAUCUGUUCCAUAAAUGUCAGAGUUGAAAGGCAGCAUCACUAAUCUUCUUCAGAUUCAGCAAGCUAUCUGUGUCACACAACAAAUAUGAGCAGUACUACAAUUCUAGUCAUCUUGCAUUUAGAUCCUAUAAAGGAGGAAACUGAGUCAUUUAUUCAUUGAGCUAAAGGUUUCUUCUGUAUUAGAAUUCUAAUUAUCUUUCAUUCCAAGUUGUGAACUCUACAUAGGCUUUUGAUUCCUUGUUUAUGAUUUUAUGUUUUAAAAAUCUUUAUAUUAACUAAUUUAUUUUUCAUUUGGAUUAAUAGAUAACAGUUGUACAGUUUUGUGGGACACAGUAUAAUGUAGGUACUCAGCUUUUUUAUUUUUUAAUCUUCUUUCUGUGUUUGGAGCCUACUGGAAUCUCUCGUUCUAACACAGCCAUGCCAUUGGUGGUUUUAUAUGCAAUGACAUAUAGAAGAGAUACCUGCAGUGCCACAUUCACCACAGCAUUAUUUUUGUUCACAUUCCUAUUUGUGCAUACAUCUUUCUCCUGCUUUCCUUAAUGCUUUGUCCAUGGUUUCUUUAACCCACUGGGCAUUUGUAGGACAUUUAACUAAAUGUUUUGAAAAGUAAUUACAACUUAUUGGCCUUUUGAAAGAUUUAUUUUACAUAUUUGAAAGGCAGAGUUGUAGAUAAAGGGAGAGAGACAAAGAAGUCUUCAAUCUGCUGGUUCACUCCCAAAAGGCCACAACAUCCAGGGCCUGGACAGGCCAAAGCCAGAAACUAGAAGCUUCAUCCUUGUCUCCCAUAAGGGUGCAGGGACCUAAGCACCUGCACCAUCCUCUGCUGCUUUCCCAGGUGCAUUAACAGGAAGCAGGAUCAGAAGUGGAACAGCUGGGACUAAGUAACACACAGGGGAUGCCAGCAUUGAAGGUGGCAGCUUUAUCUGGUAUGCCACAACACCAGCCCUAAUUUAUUGACUUUCAAGACCACUUAUGUAUUUUUAUCUGAAUCAUAUUUUACUUUAAAAAUUGUUUUAAACACCAGUGUUAUGGUGUAAUGUGGUGCCAGCAUCCCGUCUGAGCAUCGGUUUGAGACCCAGCUGCUCUGCUUCCAAUCCAGCUCCUUGCUAAUACACUUGGAAAUGCAGCAGAACAUGAUACAAGUUCUUGGACCCCUGCACAGAUAUGGGAGACCCAUGUGAAGCUCCUGCCUCUGGACUUCAGUCUGGGCCACCCCUGGCCAUUGCAGCAAUUUGUUGAGUGAAGAUCUCUUGGGGCUGGUGCUGUGGUGCAAUAGAUUAAUCCACUGCCUGCAGUGCCAGCAUCCCAUAUGGGCACUGGUUCUAGUCUUGGCUACUCCUCUUCUGAUCAGCUCUCUGCUAUGGCCUGGGAAAGCAGUGGAAGAUGGCACAAGCACUUAGGCUCCCACCUGCAUGGGAGACCCAGAAGCUCCUUGCACCUGGCUUCAGAUUCACUCAGCUCCAGCUGCUGCGCCAUUUGGGGAGUGAACCAGCUGAUAGAAGAUCAUUCUCUUUGUCUCUCCCUCUCACUGUCUGUAACUCUACCACUCAAAUAAAUAAAUGAGAGUUUUAAAAUGGUAUCUCUCUGUCUCUAUCUCUCUCUUUAUAUAUAUGAAUAUAUAUGUAUGUUUGUAUAUGUGUGUGUGUGUGUGUGUGUGUGUGUUAGAGGUUUUGAGGAGGCUACGGCCAUCCAUUCCUACAGUGAGCCUACCAAAAUAUUUUACAAAAUACACCCUACUUGCUGUGUGUUGGUCAUGCAAUAGGUGCCUACAUCAAGAAAUUGGAAAGGCACCAAAUAGAUGAGCUUUCAGUGCAUCUCAAGGAUCUAGAAUAACUGCAGCAAACCAGACCCAAAUCUAGUAGAAGAGAAAUAAUUAAAAUCAGAGAAGAAAUCAAUAGAAUUGAAUCAAGAAAAACAUUCCAAAAAAUCAGCCAAACGAGGAGCUGGUUUUUUGAAAAAAUAAACAAAAUUCACACCCCAUUGGCCCAACUAACUAAAAAAAGAAAAGACCCAAAUCAAUAAAAUCAGAGAUGAAAAAGGAAAUGUAACAACAGACACCACAGAAAUAAAAAGAAUCAUCAGAAAUUACUACAAGGACUUGUAUGCCAGCAAACAGGGAAACCUAUCAGAAAUGGAUAGAUUCCUGGACACAUGCAACCUACCUAAAUUGAACCAGGAAGACAUAGAAAACCUAAACAGACCCAUAACUGAGUCAGAAAUUGAAACAGUACUAAAGGUCCCACUGUUCAUUCAGAAGCAUGUUGUUUGGUCUGUAUGUGUUUGCAUAUGUUCCAGGGAUUCCUGAGUUGCUAAUUUCCAGCUUCAUUUCAUUGUGGUCUGAGAAGAUUCAUGGUAUGAUUUUGAUUGUUUUGAAUCUGCUGAGAUUUGCUUUAUGGCCUAGUAUGUGGUCAAUAUUAGAGUAGGUUCCAUGUACUGCUAAGAAGAUUGUGUAUUUUUUAAGUGUAGGAUGAAAAGUUCUGUAGAUAUCUGUUAGAUCCAUUUGGUUUAUAGCAUCGAUUAAAUCUGCUGUUUCCCUGUUGAUCUUCUGUCUGGUUGAUCUGUCUAUUGCUGAAAGUGGAGUAUUGAAGUCCCCCAAUACUGUUGUAUUGGAGUCUAAGUCUCUGUUUAAGUCCUUUAAUAUAUAGUUUAAAUAGUAUGGUGCCCUGUAAUUAGGUGCAUACACAUUUAUAAUAGUUAUAUCUUCUUGUUGAAUUGAUCCCUUAAUCAUUAUAUAGGACCCCCUUUGUCCCUUUUAGCAGUUUUUGUGUUAAAGUAUAUUUUGUCUGAUAUUAAGAUGGCUAUGCCAUCUCUUUUUUGGUCUCUGUUUGCACGGAAUAUCUUUUUCCAUCCUUUCACUUUCUGGAUUUCAGUAGUUCAUGUGUUUGUUUUUGAUUACUUCUAAGUAUUCUUAUCAUCAAUUUUUUUCAGUUCCAUUUAUUUAAGGGCUGCCUGAGCCAGAUUGCCCUGCAAUGUCUCUCACCAGGUAGCCAGGGCCACCUGAGCUUGUGGCGUAAAAUCUCGGCAUCACUGUGAGUUCUCCUACACACCUCAUUUUUUCCACAGUUCCAGUUCAGAAGCUCCACACAGUUACUAGGUCUUAGUCUCUUGUUAUUACUCCCCACCUGAGUGAGGUUUCUCUGCUCGGCUGAUUGCUGGGUGCAGCCCCGAGCUGGUGCAGCUGUUAUGUAGGUACAAAAUGGCACCUGCUCUAUCAGCUCAUAUGCCUUUGUAAGUUGAUGGGAGAGACAGACUCAUGUGUGUACUAUCCCUUUUAUUUUUUCUCAACUCUAGUUAGGCUGGUGUACAUUCCCCCAAGGGGCUUCCUGCCACUUUUCCACCAGUGUCUCAGGCUACUGUCUUUCUUCUCACCUCAUUUUCCUGUGCUGGUGUGGAGGAUCUUGGCUGCUGGAGUUCUGAGCCGUCCUUAGGUUCACUGUGUCCCUCUAAUUAUAGAAGAGUUUCCUCUGCCAAUUUUUUCCCUAACUCUUCCCUGAGACUACACUAUCUCCACUUUUAUUAAACUAUCUUCUUCUGGACUAGAUCAGUUAGCUCCCUCUGUGUUCUACCCUCUUGGAACUGACUGUUUUUUUUUUAAUACUUAUUUUAUUUAUUUGAAAGUCAGAGUUACACACAGAGAGAAGGAGAGGCAGAUAGAAAGAAGUUUUCCAUCCACUGGUUCACUCCCCAAUUAGCCAUAAUGGCUGAGGCUGCGCCUAUCCAAAGCCAAGAGCCAGGAGCUUCUUCUGCAUCUCCCAUGCUGGUGCAAGGGCCCAAUCAUUUGGGCCAUCUUCUACUGCUUUCCCAGGCCAUAGCAGAAAGCUGGAUAAGAAGUGGAGUGGCUGGGUCUUGAAAUGGUACCCAUAUGGGAUACUGGCCCUGCAGAUUUUACCAGUUAUGCCAUAGCGCUGGGCCCUGUUGUUCUUAAAACUACUAUGUUAUUAGACUCUACAGCUGUGGGGCCAGCACUGUGGUGCAGCAGGUUAAAUACCUGGCCCGAAGCAUUGGCAUCCCAUAGGGGUGCCGGUUGUAGUUCGGCUGCUCCUCUUCCAAUCCAGCUGUUUGCUAUGGCCUGAGAAAGCAGUGGAAAAUGGCCCAAGUCCUUGGGCCCCUGCACCCACGUGGGAGACCUGGAAGAAGCUCCUGGCUCCUGGCUUCUGAUCAGCCCAGCUAUGGCCAUUGCAGCCAUCUGGGGAGUGAACCAGUGGAUGGAAGACAUCUCUCUCUCUCUCUGUCUCUACCUCUUUCAGUAACUAUGUCUUUCAAAUAAAUAAAAUAAAUCUUUAAAAAUAAUCUAUAGCUGUGUAUAAUGCUGAACAAUUGAAAUAGUUUUAAUUACAAUUUAUACGACUGGGUAUGGCAGCUUGAAGUAAAGUAGGUGGCAUGCAUAUAUUCUUUGAUUCUUGGAAAAGAAUAUAUUUAUGUACAACAGCAUAUAUGUUAGUCAUUUCAAAGUGAAUUAUGAUGUUUACACAGAUGUAAAGAACUCAAUAAAUGCUACUAAUUCAGGAGACACAGAUAUGGAGGGAUUUUAGAACAUUUCAAUAUAGCAAUGAUUUUUAUGAAAAACUGAUACAUUUCAACAUAACAUCAAAAUAUUUUAUUCAGUAUAAAAUCAGCAUUGAGAAAAAUGAGACUAUGUUGGUGAACAUAGAAAUUUGAGUUUAACCUUCUUGUUAAUUUGCAUUUAAGGCUUAUUGCUUAGUUCAUUUAAUUUUAAUAAUAAUACUUUGUACUUACUUUUAUCAAAAAUAUUUUGUUAUUUUUGAUAAUGUUCUAACAAUGAUAUAUGGGUUAUAAAAUCUUAAUAUAGUUAUAUAAAUGAUAAUCUUUAUGAUGAUCUUGAAUUAAACUAAUUUCAAAAUGUGAUUUUAAAAUGUUCUUUUUUGAGAUAAAUCCCCAGCAGAUUCUUUUUGAAAAAUAUCUAUCCUAUUUAUUUGAAAAUCAGUGAAAUGGAAAGAGAGACAGAAAGACAGAGAUCGAGAGAGAGAUGGAAGAGAGAGAGAGAUGAAAAAGAGAGAAUCUCACACUCCAAAUGGCUGCAACAACUAGGGCUUAAUGUGGCUGAAGCCAGGAGCUAGGAACUCAUUCUGGACUUUCAUACAUGUGCCAUCAUGUGCCUUUGCAGAUGCAUUAGCAGGAAGCAUCAUCAGAAGUGAAAUAGCCUGCACUGAAAUUGUCACUAUGAUAUGGGAUGCUGGUACAGCAAGCAGUGGCUUAACCACCUGCACCACAAUGACAGCUGCACUAACAUUUAGUUUUUUAAAUAUGUUUUCUAUAUUUGAAAAGCAGAUGUGCAUGGCUCCAGCUGUUGCGGCCAUCUGGGGAAUGAACCAGGGGAUGGCAGACCUCUCUCUUUCUGCCUCUCCUUCUGUCUCUGACUCUGACUUUUAAAUAGGUAUGUCUUUGAAAAAGAAAACAAAAGAAAAGCAGGCAUAUGGGGUGGAAGGAGAAGGAGGGAUUGAGAGUGAUCUUCAACCAACUGUUUCACUCCCCAAAUGGCUGCAACAGCUGGAGCUGGGCCAGGCUGAGGCCAGGAGUCAGAAACUUGAUGAUUUUUAUCACCCAUGGGGUAGCAGGGGCCCAUGCACUUGUGUCAUCUUCCACUACUUUUCCAGGCAUUUUAGUGGGGGCUUGAAUGGAAAUGGAACAGCUGGGACUUGCAGAUGGUGGCUCACACUGGCUUCAUUUUCUUUUCAGAUUUAUGUAUUUGAAAAGCAAGGUGAUUCUUAAUUUCCAGGGUUCAAUUUAGGCACAUUCUCUGCAGUUUGGGGCAAGCGGUGUGGCUCAGCAGGUUAAGCCACUGCAUGUGAUGCUGGCAUCUCAUCUCAGCAACAGUCUGAGGCCAAUGGAUCCAUUUCUGAUCCAUCUCCCUGCAAAUGUAGCUAAGAAAAUGGUGAGUGCUUGGUCCCUACCACCCACAUGAGAGAUGUAGACAGGAGUGCCAUGUUCUUGGCUUGGGUCUGGCUGAGACCAAACCAAUGUGCACAUUGGCAAGUGGACCAGUGGAUGGAGGAUAUCUUUCUCUUUCCCUUUCUCUUGACAGCUCUACCUUUCAAAUAAAUCUUUUUUGAAAAAGUAUUCAUUAUUUUCUAAAAACACUUUUUUUUUGACAGGCAGAGUGGACAUUGAGAGAGAGAGAGACAGAGAGAAAGAAGGUCUUCCUUUGCCGUUGGUUCACCCUCCAAUGGCCGCCGCGGUAGGCGCACUGUGGCCGGCGCACCACGCUGAUCCGAUGGCAGGAGCCAGGUACUUAUCCUGGUCUCCCAUGGAGUGCAGGGCCCAAGCACUUGGGCCAUCCUCCACUGCACUCCCUGGCCACAGCAGAGAGCUGGCCUGGAAGAGGGGCAACCGGGAAAGAAUCCGGCGCCCCAACCGGGACUAGAACCCGGUGUGCUGGCACCGCAAGGUGGAGGAUUAGCCUAGUGAGCUGCGGCGCUGGCCCUAAAAACACUUUUAAAUGCAAAUUUAUACCAUAAGAUAUUAGAAAAUACCAUUUUUUAACUUUUAUUUAAUGAAUAUAAAUUUCCAAAGUACAGCUUAUGGAUUACAAUGGCUUCCCCCCCAAAACGUCCCUCCCACCCGCAACCCUCCCCUUUCCCACUCCCUCUCCCCUUCCAUUCACAUCAAGAUUCAUUUUCGAUUCUCUUUAUAUACAGAAGAUCAGUUUAGCAUACAUUAAGUAGAUUUCAACAGUUUACUCCCACACAGAAACAUAAAGUGAAAAAUACUGUUUGAGUACUAGUUAUAGCAUUAAAUCUCAAUGUACAGCACACUAAGGACAAAGAUCCUACAUGAAGAGUAAGUGCACAGUGACUCCUGUUGUUGACUUAACAAAUUGACACUCUUGUUUAUGGCGUCUGUAAUCACCCUAGGCUCUUGUCAUGAGCUGCCAAGGCUGUGGAAGCUCCCUGAGUUCACGACUCUGAUCAUAUUUAGACAAGGCCAUGGUCAAAGUGGAAGUUCUCUCCUCCCUUCAGAGAAAGGUACCUCCUUCUUUGAUGACCCGUUCUUUCCACUGGGAUCUCACUCACAGAGAUCUUUCAUUUAGGUUUUUUUCUUUUUCCCCCAGAGUGUCUUGGCUUUCCAUGCCUGAAAUACUCUCAUGGGCUUUUCAGCCGGAUCCGCAUGCCUUAAGGGCUGAUUCUGAGGCCAGAGUGCUGUUUAGGACAUCUGCCAUUCUAUGGGUCUGCUGUGUAUCUCACUUCCCAUGUUGGAUCAUUCUCUCCCUUUUUUAUUCUAUCAGCUAGUAUUUGCAGACACUAUUCUUGUUUAUGUGUU